AACUCGGCUCGUACACUAACGUUCCUGGAUAGGUAGAUGGAGCGCGCUCACUACCCGAGGCUGCUCUGUAUAUUGGGAAAAGGAAAUGAACAUUGCAAAGCAUUCUCACCGACCUCGGGUCGAGUUUCUGAAGAACGAGUGGGAUUGAAGCAAUUACCAAUGAUGUUGGUCGGUUGCGUACAGAACAAAUUAUCCAACGAACUGUGCAUGAAAGUGCGGGUUGAAGAAUCGUCAAACUGAUACAAGGCUUUUGUUGGUAUUGGGACAUCUAACCCGGUUUCGGAAGCAGUUACAUUAUAAAGAGUAGGAUUCCUGCAAUGGUCAAUGGUCUAGCCUGGCCUGUCGUGUUAAUUGCGGAAAACAAACUGGGCCUAUACGGCAAAGUGCGUAAAGAUUAGGAACCAAAGGUCUUUCGCGUGGCUCCAAGGAAACAUUAGUAUUACAGAUUUCUCUCAGGAUCAUUGUGGUCGAUUUGAUGGUGUCAGGAUGGCUAUCCGGAUGAAUGACCCGAGUACCCGACGGAUAAUACGAGUUGCCACAGACCUGAUAUGCCUUGUUGUUGCGUGCAUACCAAUCAUCAUACUGAGGUUCGCUGCUCAGCCGGUCCGCCGCGGCUUUUAUUGUUACGACGAGACAUUGAUGCGACCGUACAGAUCAUCAUCCAUCCCGUACACGGCCGCCGUCUUCACGGCCGGAGGAUUACCGUGUGUUACAAUGGUCAUAACGGAAAUCAUUCUCUACAGAUGUCGUCGGGACCGAGACCUCCUCGCCAAAAUAACAAUCGGUAGACUUCGGAUCAACGUCUGCUUAAUCAAUAUUUACAAAUACAUCGGAAUAUUCGCUUUUGGACUCGGCACUUGCCAAUCGUUCAUGUACGUUGGCAAAUUCACAAUCGGGAGACUGAGACCACAUUUCUUUGACGUGUGUAAGCCUGAUUUCUCUAAGAUAAACUGUACGCAUCCGAUGUCGAGGUUUGUUCAGGAGUAUGAGUGUACUGAAACCGACCAGCACAGAAUUCAGGAAGCCAGAAUGUCUUUUCCGUCCGGCCACGCUGCACUUUCAUUUUACGCCAUGACAUAUCUAGCGAUGUACUUACAAGUGAGAAUGACCUGGCACUGGCUUCGACUGCUUCGUCAUGUGAUCCAGACUGCCUGCCUCAUGUUCGCCACUGUCGUCUCCGUGUCCCGGAUGUGGGACAACAAGCACCACUGGAGUGACGUCAUUGCUGGGGCGGUCCUUGGAUCGUCCGUCGCGGCUGGGAUGCUUUAUUGUGUGUCGGACUUAUACAAGACUCAGGAUUCACGCCUUACACGGACGGAAUCAUCUCGAAAGAGUUCAUCAGUCCCACUCUCGCCUUUCCGAAAGUCAACGCAGCGUCCGAGUCGAGGAAGUGGAGGGAGCGUGGCAUCUGGGGAGCAUCAACCCAAUGCUGCUGGCACAGGGCUGACACAGACUGCAAGCUCUCCUAUCAUUCUACAGGAGGUUCACGCUAUUUAAAGAACCAAGGGACCACAACCACUGGAUGUGACUCCUCAGUGUCACGGUCCUGGAGUGGACAUGGUUUUUCUGUGGGUCGGAAGACACACUGACAUGGCCCCCCGACCGCGUAAUCGGCGGAGCACAUGCAGUUCCCCGAUGAGCAAGGUUCAUUGGCCCUCACGGGGAUUCUGGCUGAUGGUGCCGUAACGUAUAGGCCUUUUUGUAUGAUACCAUCAAAACGUAACAUAGCAGUUUUGUCUUUUUGCUCUUCAGUAUAUAUACCAACCGUUUACCUAAGGAUCUGUCGGGCAGUCGCAACAUUCAAGCAGGAAUUUGCCUCACAGCUGCUGCAGGUGUAUCCUAAUGAAAGAUACCAUCUGGCAAACCGUGAUGACUCCUGGCCUAGUUUACAGCAAGUCUGCUAGCGAUUGUGUACUGUGAGAAAAACCAAGUUGAUACUAGAUCUCAGGAGAACGUGUGUCUUACAUUUAUCUGAAGAACUAUUGGGCCAAUUGAUUGGCUCAGCCAUCGUUUUAGAUCAUCCAUUUAUCAAUGGUGCGAGGAUGACAAUUCCGCGUGACAGCACUCCAAAGUUGUUGUGAAUGUGCAUCUUCUUAAUUGCCUCCUGUAAAUAAAGCUCUUGCAUAAUUGU